AUGUCGCAAGAAGAUGAUUUGAUUCCAGAGUCCGUGGAAGGAUACACCGUGGGCGAGAAGAAAACCAUUGAGGAAUACAACAAACUUGACGCUGAAGACGAGAGCUUGGCCAAAUGGAAAGCCUCUUUGGGUUUGGCGGCCGAUUCAACUGCAUACCCGGUCCAAGCAGGCGACAAGAGAACGGUUGUGAUUGUGGAGAUGGCUCUUGUUUUCCCAGAGGACCCUCUGUUGCCAGACAUUGUCAUUCCAAUGGAGGACGCGAGCGGUAAAACCCUUGACAAACAAAUCACAUUCAACAUCAAGGAAAAGGCCGUGUACGAGUUGAAGAUCAAGUUCCGGGUGCAGCACGAGAUCAUCACAGGCUUGAAGUACUUGCAUUCGGUCAAGAAGUCCGGAAUCCGUGUGGAUAAGUUGGAAGAGCCUUUGGGUUCAUACGCGCCCAACACCAAGGAAAAGCCAUACUACGAAAAGACUUUUGGAGCUGUCGAGGCUCCUUCGGGCUUUUUGGCCCGUGGUUCGUACUCGGCUGUGACGAAAUUUGUGGACGAUGACAAGACUGUGCACUUGUCUUUCCCAUGGUCGUUCCAGAUCACCAAGUAG